CUGGCUUAUACUGCUGAUAUGGAGUAAUCCUCUUGUUCUCGAUUGGAUUUGAGGCAUAACUACCCCACGUUCUGCCAUAAUUGGCGUGCCAUCGUCCUGCACCUUAGUGCUUAUUUAUUGACGAUCUGUUUGGGCCCAAUCGUGCAUGAAUUGUCAAGCACCAUCCUCCAUAUCGGGUUUCGACGCAUGUCCAUGCAAGACCUAAGGAUUCCAGAGUCGCACUAUCUGAUUUCGAAUCUGGCCGUUAUCUCUAGAGUUGGAUAAGGUUAUCGCAAAUGCCCUUCUGUUUGCUCCACCAUUGAGAGACAUACAUACCGGCAUACCAUACCACAUCCACAGCACUACGGCAUGAGAUUAUCACCGGCGGGGCCCAGGGCAUCCCGCGCACUAUUACUCUUCCUAGCCAUUGCCUUGCUAGCCCGGCUAUCAACAGCCCAAGACACAACAGACGCCAACGAUGCCGCAACCACCGAUGAUGCUACCGCAACAGCGACAUCCGAAACAACAGGUACAGGAACAAGUACCACCGACUCCUCGACCUCGUCUUCGACCGAAUCCUCAACGACAUCAUCAUCAUCGUCAACGAGCAGCAGUUACCCCACCGUAACCGUCCCACCGACAGCUGGUGCGCCUUAUAUGCAGACAUCUAGCACCCCGGAGGGGGCUGUCUUCAUUGCUGUCGGUGCGGUACUGGGGUUUCUAGGACUCGCGGUCCUGGCAUGGCGCGGGUUGGUUGCGUGGUCUGUGAAUCGGUCUGUUCGGCAGCAGGCUGCUGCGAUGCAGUCGUCUGAGAAGAGGGGGUUGCUGAGAAGUAGGAGGAGGAGGUCAUCCGUACGGUCGAAGUCGAGGUCCAGAUCUCGAUCGGGGUCGGUGCCUAGGGGACAUUUACCGAGUGGUAAUUUAGAUAAUGGGCCGACUGGAAACGCAGCCGGAGGAUACGAUCGUCACCACCACCGCCGUCGAAGCGGAAGCGGAAGUCGCGGACCCCCAAGGAUGAGAGAAGUCCCGGGCUCAAGCAACGCGCUAUUCUUCUCCCCAACCGCCGGCGCAAGCAUGCACAGCGGAAAACACCCAAGCCAACACCAUUCAGGCUAUGGCUACGGUCACGGCUACGGCACCGCAAGCACCAGCACACCCCGUCCAAGCACCGGCCCAGUCCCAACAAGUGCAAGUUUAAGCGCAAGUGAACGAUACCAACCACCUUACAAAGGAAAACGUGCAUACCCUCCUCCACCGCGCGCGCGGAAUAUCCCAAUAGUCAGUCCGCCCGUUUCACCGAAUUCACGGCCUACGGGUGCUGGUGGCUACAUGGGUCCGAGUCGCUCGAGGCCGUUGUCUGGCGAUAGUAUGUCGAGUGGUAGUUUGAAUCCGAAUCAGGCGUCGCCGCCGCAGGGGAGGGCGCCGAGUGAGUAUUUAGAGGAUUUGUUUGAUGGUCAUGCGAGGCCGGGACCGGAUUGGGAUCGGAGGUGAUGUUGGUAUUUAUGGGGUUUGUUAUGAUGAUAUAUGAAAGUCAUGUCUAUUUUAAUGCAGUGUUGGAAUAUUAUGAGGAUGAUAACUAUGAGUAUGUGCUGGUCCAUGAUCUUGAAUGCUAUGCUUUCAAUAAAAUUUGACUAGCAACUAUUCUGACAGACUCUGUCAAUACCUCAUCAGAGCAC